UCUCCUCUCUUUCCAACUUCCUCUUCUACCCCUUCACCGCAUAUGCUUUCAACGUUACUUUCUUCGAACCCCACCUCCAGUUUCCGAGUCUUCUACCAAUCUCGCAUAGUGGGGUUUAGCGGAAAAUAUCCGCCAAACAGGCUCACCUCGUCGUCUUCCGUCACUCUUUCUUCAGAUUCAACGAAUACCCAGAAAGCUUUAGCAGCUGAUUUUGCUUGAAUUUUCUCUUUCUGACUCCAAUUCUGUCCACAAUGGGUUGUCAAUGGAGCAAAACAACUGAAAAUAGUACUCAACCAUCGUCCCGAAUGAGCUCAAAUUCAGUUGUCACGCCCGAUCUGAGCUCAUACGAGGCCGCAUGCAGAGCCGAUCCAGACCUUCAAUCAUUCGAUUCGACUCUCCAGCAACGCAGCAGCCGAGUUAUCAACACUCUUGCCUCUGGGGUCGAGGUUCGAUCUCUUUCCAUAGACUCUCUCCGAGAAGUCACCGAUUGUUUACUCGAAAUGAACCAGGAAGUUGUGAAAGUAAUUUUAGAUUGUAAGAAAGAUAUAUGGAAGAACCAAGAACUCUUCGAUCUAGUCCAAGACUAUUUCGAGAACAGCCUUAUGACUUUAGAUUUCUGUACUGCACUUGAAAGAUGUCUCAGAAGAGCCCGCGACAGUCAGGUCAUUGUCGAACUUGCUUUAAAACAAUUUGAGGAAGAACAUAGAGAAGGGCUUCAUAGUGAAAAGAGUUCGUACUCCAAGACUUUACACGAAUUGAGAAGUUUUAAGAUGUGGGGUGACCCAUUUGACGAUGAGUUUUUCUCGUUGUAUCAAUCGGUUCACAAACGACAAAUGACUAUGCUACUGAAAUUGCAAGCUCAAAUGAGUAAACUGAAGAGAAAAUUGAAGAAACUGAAGGCAUGGAGGAAGGUGUCAAAUGUCAUAUUUGGUGUCACUUUUGUGGCGGUGUUGAUCUGCUCGGUGGUGGCAGCGGCAAUUGCAGCACCACCGGUGGUGACAGCAUUGGCGGCUGCAGCGGCAGUGCCAUUGGGUUCGAUGGGUAAAUGGAUUAAUUCAAUUUGGAAGAAGUACGAGGAUGAAAUCAAAGGCCACAGAGAGAUAGUUAGUUUGAUGAAUAUUGGGACACUUAUUGUGAUAAAGGACUUGGAGAGCAUAAGGGUGCUUGUGGAUAAGUUGAAAAUUGAAAUUGAUACUUUGUUGCAGAAUGCUGAUUUUGCCAUGAGAGAAGAGGAGGCUGUUAUGCUAGCUGUAGAUGAGAUAAGGAACAAGCAGGGUGUAUUUAUGCAAGCCAUUGAGAACUUGAGCGAGCGGACUGCGAGGUGUACCCGCGAUGUAACAAGGGCUAGGACGAUGAUCUUGCACAAAAUUAUCAAGCAUCCUAGCAGUAGCAACUGAAUUUGCACUUUG